AACUAUCAGUCUCCACCAGCUAACUGUGCUCCACCGAGCAGCAUGAGAGAGCAGUUAAACACCUUUCAGCUCAAUAUGGAAACCUUUACCUUUACAGUAAGAUUAUGAAUGAAGCUUCGGCAUUGCAGAAGGCUGCACUACAGGAACAUCCCCCUGGCACAGGCCACACCGUGGUACCAUCACGGCAGCCGUACAUGAGUGUACCAUUUGCCUCUAGACACGUGUGUUUCUAUAAAAGCGGAGAUACCCAAUUUAGUGGUUUGCAGGUGAUCAUUAACAACCGCACAUUCAAGACCUUUGAGGCUCUGUUAGACAGCUUGUCCAAGCGUGUUCCACUACCAUUUGGAGUCCGCACUAUUACAACACCAAGUGGCCACACAUCAGUCAGUUCUCUCGAUCAGCUUCACCACGGCCAUUCAUACAUUUGCUCAGAUAAACGCACUGUCAAGCCCAUCGACUUGGAGCAAGCACGCCGAAAACCACCACCAUGGUACCAUGCCAGGCCUGUCAGCAACAGGAGGCAGAGAGAAAAGCAGAAUUCUGGCCCACGUAAUGCAAAGUGGAACGAGAAUGCUGCCCUGCUGCACACCCCAAAGAGGCUGGUGGUUUUCCGCAAUGGAGAUCCUGAAGUUAAACACACACUCCUGUUGCAGAAGAAGACCACACAAUCUUUCGAGGCACUACUUGAUCGUAUAGCUGAGGUCAUGUGUUUCCCUGUACGCAGGUUGCACACACCAGAUGGAAGGAGGGUGGAUGGACUGCCUGCCCUCAUCAUGUGCUCAGGUAUAUUGGUAGCUGCUGGCCGUGAGCCUUUCAGAAAAAGAAACUAUGAUGUUCAAAAGCCUUUUACUCCAACUUGGCUGCCAGCAAAAAGUGUGGGAAGGCUGCAUCCUGUGACCAAAAAAAAUAAAUCUAUGACAAGUACCACCAAAUCUCUGCCUUUCUCACCAUCUUCAGAGCGCUUCAUUGUGAAUCAGUUACACAACAGUUUUGCAGAAAGUGCAUAUUACCCGACUGGUUCUGUGGAAAUAGAGACUGGUCAUCUGCAGGAGUCUGUUGCAGGGACAGAUACGGUCACCUGCAUGGACGGUGACAAUAAUGAAUACAUCUGCAUGCCCAGUGAUGAUGACAUUGAGAAAACAUUUAGAGUCAACCAAGAUGGCAGCAUGACCAUAGAGAUGAAAGUGCGCUUGACUAUUAAAGAGGAGGAAACUGUUCAUUGGACGACGACCCUCAGUCGGCAAAGUGUCACAAGUCAAAUGAAAUCUGACUUGGAUUUACAUUCUGAUCUGAGUGCAGCUUCAACUGACCAGAUUGGCCCUGAUGUUUCAGCAAUCCAAAGAUGUCCUGAAGAAUAUAACAAUGUCUCUUCUAAUAAAUGUGUUCAAACAUUGUAUGAAGAGAUGAUGAAAGGUAGAGCAGAGGAAAGCAUCAAAAUAAAAGAUCCCUUGCAGCCACUUUCUGAACAAAAACUAUUCUUUGGUGAAACCGAGAGCCAAGAUAUUGUGCACAGAUUGGACACCCCUAGGGUAGAGCAAGGCAAUGAGCAGGAGCACUGGUUGGUAAGGCAGUUCAAUGAACGCCCAGUGCCUAAACCUCGUAGCACAUGCCUCUCACAAAUGCAAGCUAAUAUGUAUAAGUCUGCAGAGAUUUUGCAAAUACAGGAUAGUGGGCAAGAGAGAGUGCUUCACAUCUAUGAGCAACAAACUUGCCAGAAUAAUUUUUUUGCCAAUACAGAAAUCUAUGCUCAUGAGAUAAAUACGUGUGAUGCUGUAUUAUCUGCAUCCAGUACAAUGAUUCCCUCUUCUAGUAAAGAAUUAGAAUCUGAGUCUAAACCUGCCACUGCUCAUGACUCUCUCCAAAGCCUGGAUAAUUUCUUAUCUUCAAUGGAGCACCAACCAUUAUGUAAAAGAAAGAACAACCCUAAGAUCAAAAACAAACCAUCAAAUAUUCAUACUCCUCUGACUAAAGAUGGUAAAACCUUUGCUCCUAAUGUGGUCUCAGCAGCAAAUAUGAGCAAAAAAAGAAAGAAAAUAAGAGUUAGUGUGAAAAAGAGUCACAGUUCCCACAUAUUCAGUCUGGCAAAUAAAAGAAAAGAAAGCAAAAUUGACAUAAUGAAAGAGAUUAAGAAAAUUAAAAAUGCUGUCUUUAACCAGGCUGAAGCUAUAAAAGGCAUGACUGUACAGUGCAGAGCCAAAUCUGUCAAGAAAUUAACAAAAGAUAAAAGAACCAAUCUACCUAUUGGUCAUAAAAGUGUUUCUUCCACAUUACACAAGGCUUUUCAAAUGCAAAGUCCUACUGUGGAAGAACAGUGCAGCAAUGACGAAUACCCUGCCGAAGAAAACAUAUACCAGGGGGAACUAAGUGGAAAUACAUCUCCAAAUCAAAAAUUCCUUAAUGUAUCAACCAAUAAAUGUACCCUAAAACGGCAAUCAUCAAUGCAAGAAGAACAAGCCACACAAGAUCUUAAAGAAACCUCAUCUCUCCCUGCUCCACAUUACUCUUCCUCAGUCUUAAACAAGUAUGUGGAACACUGGUUACAGACCAGUGAAGCAGAAACAGCUCCUGACCAAAAUCAGGCACCAUCAUCCAAGUCUGUACAGGAGUUAGAGAUAACUUGUGCAACUCCUAGUGCUAGACUGGCCUCGAAGAAGAAAUAUGCCAAGUUUCCCAGAAAUAUGCCAAAUUUGUCAAAAAAAGGGCUAGUCAAUUCAUCACAGAGAAGUAACAUUUUGCCCAGAGGUUCUGACCAAGAUAGUUCAUUGCUAUCCCAAAUGAACACAUUUUCAGACACAAAGUUGUCUGAAAGUAACACUUCAAUGAGCAUGCUUCUACCAAUGAAUCUUUCUUUAAAAAAUAAUCAUGGACAAAUAGCAUCUAUAGAAGAUACUUCAUCACCAAAUAAAAGUUCAGUUCACAAAACUCUUUCACAAGAAAAUGUCCAAUUGUCAAGAAAUAUUUCUUUAAAUAAUACACAAUUGACCAGUAGAGCUGUUUUAGAUAAUAGUGUAUCCACAUUAUCUUCUAAACAAGAAAUAAUCCAACUUACACAAUAUGUGAAAAAAGAUGAAAACAAAGAAGAGCCUUUGUAUAGUGCAUAUGGAUUUGCAAACAACCAUGUAAAACUAACAUCUCUUAGUAGAGAUCCUUCCUCAGAAAAGACUUUAACUAGCCAACACUCCAUAGAACAAAUACCCAAAAAUAACACUUUGUCUAAGGCAUCAUUAUUCAGUACACAAGGUGUAGAGAAAACAGCCCUUUCAAAAAAUGCAGCAUUUCAAUGUAAGCCGAAACAUUUAGCGAUGACCAAGGGAUCAAAAUGUACUAUCCCACAGGGAUUGGUAGGCUCAUGUGAAAAUGAUGCACAUACAUUUUUAAGUCCGCUAUCAAGUAAAGAAAAACAAGUUUUCCCAGCAGAAAAAUCAUACACAGUCAAAAUGGCAGUAAGGCCUGACAUGAGGCAUGUUCUAGAUGAGCUCUGCCAUUCUAUCCAUUCACUUCGUGAAGCAACAAAGCACAAGCAGCGAUCCUGUUUGGAGAAAUCGAAAAGCAUGCCAGACUUUUCCUCACACUUGGCCACUACUUUUGGUUCCUCAUCAAGAGUGCUCCUAGCAUUUCUUUCAGUCAUGACUUUGAGGGAUGGUCUGGAACCUGAAUGUACUCCGCCUAACGACACCAGCCUGAGUUACUCAGAGGCUUUGCUUAUGCUUCAGUCUCUUAAGGAGAUGGCAGCUAUUGAGGAUGCAGAGCAGCUGGUAGCAAAAUUAAAUUCCCUGCAGAAAUCGGCAUCUAAUCAGUUGCUGCAAAGCUGGAAAGGGUUCCAAAAUAUGAGCAGUACAUCCAUCCUUUCCAACGUCACCCCAGAGUGUACCAGGGAGGGGUCUUACAAUAUGCUAAACUCUGAAGAGGAGGCAAUUCAAAGGCUCAUGGAAGAACUAGGGGUUCCAGACAGAGUUAGAGAAGAGCUGGCUGCUCUUCACAUUCAAGAAAAGGAGAGCAUCAGCGGUAACCAAGUUGAUGGAUCAGGAGAGCUGUAUGAGUCACUCCAAGAGGUGAAUAGAUAUACAGAAUCAGACUUAAGUGUAAAAACACUUAAAUUCUCUGACUGUGUGCUUGAAGAUAUAAAUGCAUAUGUUAAAUUUGUCAUUAAAAAAGCAGUUUAUGAACAUAGUAAUUCUGGGGUCAUUAUGCAGCAUUCAUCGUGUGGCACUGAAAAAGAAGUGGUAACUCAUGAACAGGAAAGAAAUUCCUGUCCUACUGGAGAAAAACAACAGGCUGACUGCAUACUAGACUCUAACAUCUGUGAAAACAUCUUGGAAGAAAAGCAACAAAGACCUGAGAAGAAUGAUAUAAGACAUAAAGAGAAACAGGAAACAUAUGCAAGGCAAGAAAUAAAUAUGGAGGAGAUCAAAGACAGGCCAGUGUGUGAACAGCGUGGAGUGAAACAAGGAAGAAUUAUUUCUAAGGAUGAGAGUGUAGCAGAAGAUUACAUUAUGGACACUGACGCUAAAUAUUCUCAGCCGCUAGAUAGCAAUAAAGAAAUGAAGGAAGUGAAGGACCUGAGGAAUACAAGUAAAAUGCAUUAUAGUCAAAUGUAUCCUAAAUUAGAUAAGAGUAAUGAUGGCUUGGACUGCUCUGAAGAGGAGAAAUCUAGUUUAGAAGAAGAAACCUCUGCUGAGGAGCAUAUUAAAUUCUUUGAAAAUCAGGUCAGUGAUAAAGGCCCAGCAAGUGGUUUACAACAGAAAUAUUCCAUGGUUGAGUCAGAAGCAAAACAGCAAAGUGAUGAACUGUUGAGUCAAGCACACAUGCAGUUACAUAAUAAAAUGGACAGUGCAAAGAAGAACCCUGGACAACCUGAAAUGCAAACUACUUUGCUUGCUGUUUGUCUAGAACGAGAGACAAGACAUCAACCAGAGGAGAUUUAUUCUGAGGAGCAAGAGGCAGUUGUGGAGGCACCAGAAUGUUAUCGGCAAGAAAAUAUUGAUAAUCAAAAAGAAUGUAGCAUCAAAAAAGCUGUAGUACAGAGAGUAAAGGUUAAAAGAAGAAUAGUUUAGUAGC